AUGGCAGCGGCUGCGGAGCCACAACAAUUGAGCGAUGCCAUCGUCGCCUUCUCCUUGGAAGGGAGAUUCCCCGAAGAUGCUACCUCUUUACCGCCCGUCUCCGAUAUAGAUCUCGAACCCGCCCUCACUGCCUUGGCUGCAACCAAGACCGACCUUGAGGGCGAAAUUCAUACCAUCAAUGAGGAAACCAAGGAUAGCGUCAGCUCAUGGGUGCAGAAUGCCAAGACACUGCAAGAAGAUAUUAUUCGAUCCAAAACCAUCGCCAACGAAAUCGUACGACAAUCAGAGGCGCCCGAUGUCUCAGGAGAGGCCAUCCAGGACGCCGAGGAGAAAGUCGAAUUUUUGAAUCGGGAGGUCCAAUAUACCCAGCAACUCCACGAGGUGUUAGGCAAGGUCAAAUCUGUGCAUCAACUAUUGGGCCAAGUCGAUGCAGCAAGAAGUGAACGACGAGUCCUCGAUUCAUUACAUCUCCUCGAACAAUCGUGGACCGCAAUCGAUCAAGUUGGAGUCAGCAAGUCAUGCAGAAUCCUCAGACUCCUAGACCAUCGAGCAUUCGAGCUCAAGUCGGGUAUCCAUGAGGUAUUCAAUAAUGUUUGGAAGGAAUUGAUUCAGUUUAAUGUGGAUGACGGCAAAGUAAUCAUUCGCGAAUCUCUACCCGAGGGCGGCAUGAAUCUGUCAGACGCAGUCAUUGGUUUGAAGGCCUACAAAGAAACAGACGAGCGUAUGGAGCAACUCUGGCGGAAUUUGGACGGCGCAAUUGUAACGCCCCUGAUGGACAAAACCAAACAACCUGCGCGUUCCGUCAAGUCCGAACGGGAUGAACUUAGCUUGACUGGAAGCAGUGACGGAUCUGUGGCAGCCCUUCUUUCAGAUUUAGAGGUCGUCGUGGUGUUUGUUGCGCAAAGGGUACCGGCUGAAUUACUCAACAGCCUAGUCGCCUUCAUGAUGCCCGACCUCAUUCCACGGCUAAUACAGCAAUGGCUUAACCCAGCGGUUCCUUCGUCACUGCCUGAGAUUCCCAAAUUCCAGAGCAUUAUGCAAGUGGCAAAAAAAUUCUGCUCUGCCCUGGAGACAAACGGCUACUGUGGCUUCACAGAACUGAAGGAUUGGGUUACCAAGGCGCACAUGACAUGGCUGGGCCGAUGCCGAGAGAGUGCGCUGGACAGGAUACGAACGAAACUGGCCAGUGGAAUAGGAGAGCCCAAGCAAGUCGAAAAGGUCGAGAAACAUAUGGUUACUGCUGCAGAGGGGAAAGAACUUUCUACCACCGGAGCUGGCGCCGCUGCGGAUACGAAUGAUUGGGGAGCGGCUUGGGACGACGCGUGGGACGACGAUCAAAACCACGAGUCUGAGAAUCCCCCACAGGCUAAAGCAGAAUCAGAAGUUAAAGAAGACGACGGUACCGAUGCAUGGGGCUGGGAUGAUGACGGCGAAGCCGCACAGCCAGCUGAUACGGCCAAGACUGAGGGCGAGGACGACGCCGGAGCGGACGCAUGGGGUUGGGGCGAUGAAGACACAACCGUGGAGCCAGAAGCCUCGAAGCCGUCGCCAAAGAAGCAAAAGACGAAAGCAUCGUCGGAGGAGACCAGAGAGCUGGUCCUCAAAGAGACGUAUUACAUUUCCUGUAUGCCCGAGCCUGUUUUGGAACUGAUAGUGGCAAUCCUGGAGGACGGCGCUGCCUUGAUCAUGGAUGGGGACAAGUAUGAGCUGGUCGCAUCUACGGCGCCGGGUCUCUUCAGUUUGCCUACGUUGGCCUUGGCUUUGCUCAGAGCAAUUUCGCCCUAUUAUUACUCCUUGAAUGUGGGCGGCAACAUGUACUUGUAUAACGACGCCAUGUACGUUGCAGAACAACUGACAAAGUUUUCUGCGGCCUGGAAGGAGCGGGAGGACCUUACACCGAGAGCUCGAAACAUGCUACGACUUGACAAUGACAUCAAGACGUUACAGAAUUUCGCCAACAGGAGCUACGCCAACGAGAUGGGUAUCCAACGAACUGUGUUGCAAGAUCUGUUAGGAAGCGCGCAAAGUAUCGUCCAACAAGACGAACCUGAGUCAGCUAUCCAAUCUGGAACGGACCGCAUUCGAUACAUGGCCACAACCUGGGAGAAGAUCUUGGCACGAUCAGUCUGGUCCCAAGCCAUUGGUUCUCUUGUCGACGCGCUGGCCAGCCGCAUUAUUGCGGACGUACUAGACAUGUCGUCGAUCGGACAAGAUGAAGCAUACAACAUUGCAAGCCUCAUUGUUACAACGACGUCGUUAGACGACUUGUUCCUCCCAAGUAAGCUAAGCGGUACGAAACCGACGCAAAACGAAGUACCCACGACAGAUCAAUACGCCCCGAACUGGCCUCGACUCAAGUAUCUUAGUGAGGUACUGCAAAGCGACCUCAACGGCAUCAGGGCACUCUGGUGUGAACAAAAACUCAGUUACUACUUUACUGUCGACGAGGUUGUGGAGUUGAUCAAGGCCAGUUUCGAAGACAACCCCCGAACCCGGCAGACAAUCAAGGAUAUCCAAAACACACAAUACCCAGCCGUCGAUUUAUGA